AUGCACGACACAACCAUAAGUGAUGUUCCAGCUGUAAGCAUCGAACAUAAUGGAAACGCAUCGUUUGGGGAUACAAAACUUGCAACCAUCACCGGCGUUCAUGGCGAUUCACCAAAGACACCCAGCGACGCUAUUGAAAAUGACAUGUGGCAGGCGGCAAUGAACAAGCCGGAUGAUAUGCAUGAAUCCAUGGUGAUCAGCAAAGCACGUUAUGAGACUACCCCUGAUUCGAGUGGAUCGGAUAGCAUCGUCAGCACGCCUCAAGAUACAACAUCUCCAGUGGAUGAACAUGUCAAACAAGAAGUGUCAAUGUCAUCAUCAUCAUUCUCCGAUUCUGAGGGACAUGAUGCCAUGAUACAACCAUCUGCAACAGCCGAAGCUAUGGGGACCUACGUGCAUCUGUUGAACAAUGUCUAUCGAGGUCAAGCAAGGAGCGUAUCAUUCACUGGAGUGGAGUCCAUGCCAUGUGAUUGCAAAUACAAUCCCGAUUUGGAUGAUCCCAUCGCUGCAUGUGGUGAUGACAAUGCCUGUAUCAAUCGCAUGAUGUUUAUGGAAUGCACUGAAAACGAUUGUUCCUGUGGUCGUCAUUGUCUCAAUCGUCGUUUCCAGCUGCGACAAUACGCUCGUGUGGAUGUUAUUCAUACUGAAAAGAAGGGAUAUGGCUUACGCGCUUUAGCGGAUCUCCCAACGAAUGCAUUUGUGAUGGAGUACAUUGGAGAAGUCAUUUCCAGGGAUGAAUUUAUACGACGUACCAAGAAAUAUGAAAAUGAAGGGCUCAAACACCAUUAUUCCAUGACCUUGAAUACCGAUGAGAUCAUUGAUGCGACAAAGAAGGGUUGUCUUGCUCGCUUUAUCAAUCACUCUUGCAAUCCAAAUUGCGUUACUCAAAAGUGGGUCGUUGGAAAAUCCAUGCGAGUGGGUAUUUUCACCCGACGCCCCGUCAAGGCUGGUCAAGAAAUAACCUUUGAUUAUCAAUUUGAACGCUAUGGGGAUGCUCAAACGUGUUUCUGUGGAGAAGAAUCAUGCAAAGGGGUCAUUGGAGGUGUGUCGCAAGGUGAUCAAGAAUCGGCAGCUCCUUGGGAAGAAGAGAGGGUGGCAGCAUCUUCACGCACAAAGAAGCGAAGUACCAAAGCACGUGCUAUACGACCUCUUGAGGAUGCCGACGAUGUACGGAGCUUUGUCAAGGCCAUGCUUGACUCUGAAGGAAAUGUGGAUUUGGUCAACAAGCUCUUGGAAACGCUGGAGGUGACGAUUAUGGCAAAGGAGAGCAAGGAUGUCCUCAAGAUGUUUGUGCGAUGUCAUGGACUUAAAAUGCUCAAGCUAUGGCUUGGUGAUUGGAAGAGCAAUGAUAGCAUUAUCAAAAAGGUACUACGUGUACUGAAACAAUUACCUCUCGCCAAUCGCAACGGGCUAGAAGAUUGCAAGUUCUUUGAAGUAAUGAAUCGGUUUGUGGAUCACGAUGAUGUGGAUAUCAAUGAAUUGGCGCAAGAACUCAUGGCAAAUUGGCGUGGGCUUAAAUCUGUGUAUCGCAUCCCGAAGCGCACGCCCUCCAAUACCAAAUUUGCUUCCCCAACCGAACAAGAUGCAGAUGGGGAUGUGAUUAUGACCGAUCGCAAACGAGGUUCUCAUGAAAGCAGCGUUGACCCAUGCAACAAGAAGCGACGAUUCGACUCUACACGUGAUUUCUUUGAUCCCGAUGACGAUAUGUUCGAGUACAUUUCUCCCGAGAGCAAUUCAUCUGAUAUUCAAACAGCCAUUCAAUAUCCACCUACGGCUGCUCCUGUUACUGCAACAACACCAUCUGAAUCAAAAGCACACCUCCUUGGCCGUCGAGAGAACGGGAUGGUUUUUGGAAAACGUCAUUUCUCCCCAAAUACCCCAACCAGUUUUAAUCAUGCAUAUUUCUCUGAUCGGCGUCCUCGCGUGUAUUCCCCACCCCAUCGAUAUACGUCUUAUCACGACCGGAUAUUUGAUCGUCAUCCUCCACCUCGCCGCCUAUCACCUCCUCGUCAACCCCGCCAUCGGUUACCACUUCCACCAAAUUGGAGAUCUGCACAUGCUGAAGAUGGCACAAUUUACUAUUACAACCGUAUCACUCGUGUCACACAAUGGCAUUUACCCGAAGAGAAAACGAGCUCGAUUGAAGGUGUGGAUCAGGUUCAAAUUGACGACUUGGUGGAAAAAGCAAUGGAGCACAAGAAACAGACAUCGGUGGAUAAAAAGAGCCUCAAGAGCAGCAAGAGCAGCAGUAGUAUCACUAGCAAGAGCUUAUCCAGCAUCAGCAAAGAGGAAAGUGGUGCACCUUUAUCGGAUAAACAGCUCAAAAUGGAGAUCAGCGACCUUGUCAGAAAGUGUUUGAGCCGAAAGAAAUCGCUGUGGAAUGAUGAUAAGGAGCUAUUCAAGGAACUGGCUCGCAAUUUGACACGCCAUAUUGUCGAAUGUGAGACACGCUCUUCCCGAAAAGUAUACAAGAUCAAUACGAGUAUGCGUAGCAAGGUGGAAAAGCUUAUCGAAACCCAUGGAGCUGAAUUUGCAAAACGAUCCAGCAGCCCACCAACAUCCGAUCAAAACACGACAUCAUCCAAUACCAGCACCUCUAUCUACAGCCGCGAACAUACUCCAUCAUGGCUCUAA